AUGACUAACGUAGCCGAACAAGGUUUUCGCGAGAACCUCGGUUUUCCUGGUAGUUCUUCAGGCUACGAGCUUCAUGAAGCUCGGAAGGGGGGCUCUUUUCUCAUUGAGCUUGCAUUAAGCUCUCGGCGCGUUGGAUGUUGUAGACGAAAUAGGUGUAUCCCUCAUUGUGGUGUUCGUACAUCUUAUACUGGUGCCCCUAGACCUUAG